CUAGCCCAGAGCGGCCCGCCCACUCACUUCCGAUUUCCGGCCAAUGGGAGCGCGUGCCGGCCGGCCAGUCAGCGCUCGUUCUUUCGGCGUCGCGCGCUGCCUGGGAGACUAGAGGGCUAGCCAGGCGCGGAGGGUGCGGCUGACCAGAUGCUGUUUGAUCUCAUGUGAGCUGUUGGCCCAAGAUGGAAAACUUUAUCCUGUAUGAGGAGAUCGGCAGAGGAAGCAAGACUGUUGUCUAUAAAGGGCGACGGAAGGGGACGAUCAACUUCGUGGCCAUUCUUUGUACCGAGAAAUGCAAGAGGCCUGAGAUUACCAACUGGGUCCGCCUCACCCAUGAAAUUAAACACAAGAAUAUUGUAACUUUCCAUGAGUGGUACGAGACCAGCAACCACCUCUGGCUGGUCGUGGAACUCUGCACAGGCGGUUCUCUAGAGACAGUGAUUGCCCAAGAUGAAAACCUCCCAGAAGAUGUGGUGAGAGAGUUUGGAGUCGACCUGACCGCCGGCUUGCGCCAUCUUCACAAGCUCGGUGUUCUCUUUUGUGACGUUUCUCCUGGGAAGAUUCUCUUGGAAGGGCCCGGGACAUUGAAGUUCAGCAAUUUUUGCUUGGCGAAGGUGGAAGGUGAGAAUUUGGAAGAGUUCUUCACUUUGGUGGCAGAAGAGGAAGGAGGUGGUGACAGUGUGGAAAGCGUAUGGAACAUGAAAAAGAGAGUCCAAGGGUCCCCCAUAUACACGGCACCCGAAAUCGUGAGGGGCGCUGACUUCUCUGUUACCACUGACCUCUGGUCGUUGGGCUGUCUGCUCUAUGAAAUGUUUUCAGGAAAACCUCCAUUCUUCUCAGAAAGUAUUUCGGAAUUAGUUGAAAAGAUUUUAUAUGAAGACCCUCUGCCGCCUGUUCCAAAAGAUUCCUCACUUCCUAAAGCCUCUUCAGAUUUUAUUAGUUUGCUUGAUGGCUUACUUCAAAAAGAUCCUCAGAAAAGGUUGACCUGGAGCGGCGUGCUGCAGCACCCAUUCUGGAAGGAAGCUCUUUCGAGGGAAGCCAAGGAGCCCAGCGUGGAGGAUUCCCCUGUCAGCAGCAGAAGCGCGAUGGAAAGUUCUGGGCCCCAGGAUCCCAAGGAGCCCUUGCAGCACCCUCUGAGUAGAUGUGCCGGCCACAUUCUCCAGCUUGAAAAUCCAGCCGAGUUACGGCCCAAGAGCACUGCUGGGGGUCAGCCGAAUGAGUCUCUGUUUCUCCUCAGUUCUCGUCCCACCCCCAGGACCAGCUCUACCAUGGGGUUGAGCCCCGGAGAGGACGCUACUCAGAGUUCACUGCAGAAGGCCUCUCCCUUGGCCAAGAUCACAAGUGCACACCUGAGCCAAGAAGCACUGGAGUCACAGAUGAGAGCUCUUAUCUACACAGACUCAGACCUGCUUGUCACCCCAGUCAUUGACAACCCGAAGAUAAUGAAGCAAGCACCAAUUAAAUUUGAUCCAAAAAUAUUGCAUCUGCCAGCACGUUCAGUCGAUACGCUAUUAUCUCUGAAGGACCAAGACUGGAACGACUUUUUGCAGCAAGUGUGCUCGCAGAUCGACUCCACCGAGAAGAGUGCGGGGGCCUUGCGGGCUAAGCUGAACCUCCUCUGCUAUAUGUGCGUGGUGGCUGCGCACCAGGAGGUCGCCACCAGGCUCCUCCAUUCUCCCCUGUUUCAGCUGCUAAUCCAGCAUUUGCGAAUAGCUCCAAACUGGGAUAUACGGGCCAGAGUGGCGCGGGUGAUCGGUCUGCUGGCCUUGCACACGAGUGAGCUCCAAGAAAACACACCUGUUAUUGAGGCAAUUACUCUCUUAACCGAAUUGAUUAGGGAGAAUUUCAGGAACAGCAAAUUGAAACAGUGCCUUUUACCAGCCCUCGGGGAGCUGAUGUACCUCGUGGCCACCCAGGAAGAGAAGAGCAAGCUUCCCCGACCAUGCUGGGCCAUCCCCCUGGCCACGUACACCGUGCUGCUGAGGUGCCUGCGGGAAGGGGAAGAACGUGUUGUGAAUCAUAUGGCAGCAAAGAUUAUUGAAAACGUGUGCACCACGUCCUCCGCACAGGCCCAGGGCUUCAUCACAGGAGAGAUCGGGCCUGCUCUGUGGCACCUGUUCAGACAUGCCACUGUGGAUUCUCUCCGGAUAACGGCAGUGUCGGCCCUGUGUCGAGUCUCCCGCCAGUGUCCUGCCGCCUUCCAGAGUGUGAUUGAGAAGGUGGGACUACCCUCCGUGACCCACGCCCUGGCUGCUGCAGUCUGCAGGGUCCAGCAGUGCCUGCUGACCCUGUUCUCCACCCUGCUGUCCUGUGGGAUCCACCUCCAGAGGCUGGCCCAAGACAAGGAUUUUGUGUCUACGAUUAUCCGUUUACUCGACAGCCCCUCGGCCUCCAUCCGAGCGAAAGCCUUCCUGGUGCUCUGCUACGUCCUGCUUCACAGCCGUGAGAUGCUGCUGCUCGGCUGCCAAGCACGGCUGGUGAUGUACAUUGAGAGAGACAGCAGAAAGACCACUCCCAGCAGGGAGCAGCAGAGCAGCGGUGAAUACUUGUCCAGAUGCCUGGAGCUGCUUGUGUGCCACAUCGCCCAGGAGCUGCCUCGGAUCCUGGGUGACAUUCUGAACGCCUUGGCCAGCAUCUCCGGCCGGAAGCACCCAUCCACUGUCCAGGGGAAGCAGCUGAAGACAUGCCUGCCGCUGAUGCCCGUCGUGCUUCACCUCCUCACUGCCCAGGUAUUUCGACCGCAAGUUGUAACGGAGGAGUUUCUCUUCAGUUAUGGGACUAUUCUUAGUCACAUCAGGUCAGUAGACUCGGGAGAAAGCAACAUAGAAGGAGCUGUGGGAUCGGCGGCAUCUGAAGAAUUCAUCAGGGUCUCGCUGUCAGCUUUCGAAGCCAUCAUACAGUACCCUGUGCUGCUGGAAGGCCACCGCGAUACGGUCAUCCAGUACAUCCUGCCGCCCUUGGUCUCCCUGGUUCAGAGCCAGAACGUGGAGUGGCGGCUCUUCAGCCUGCGGCUGCUCUCGGAGACCACGUCCCUGCUGGUGGACCUGGCGGCUGAGGAUGGGGAGGAGGAGGCCGUGGCCAGCGGUGAGCACGACCUCCUGGCGCUGGUGCGUGACGUCCUGCUGCCAGGGUACGAGCGCAUCCUCACUGAGCCUGACCCGGUGCCCGCCUAUGCCCUGAAGCUGCUCGUGGCCCUGACGGAGCGCAAGCCGGCCUUCACCAGACUUGUGGAAGAAAGCAAACUGAUGCCACUCAUUUUUGAAGUGAUACUGGGGCAUCGGGAGAGCGUUCUGGGUAACACCGUGCAGAGUGUGGUCGCCUUGCUCAGCAAUCUGGUCACCUGCAAGGACUCGAAUACGAAGCUGCUGUGUGAGCACGGACUCGUGCAUCACGUCUGUAACCUGUUCACUGCGGCCGCCACGCUCUGCUUGGAUGUGGACGACAAGCCCAGCACUGAGGUGGCAGCCACCCUGCUGUUCUCGCUGCUGGACAUUCUGCACGGCAUGCUGACCUACAUGUCUGGUGUCGUGCGGCUGGCCCUGCAGGCGCAGAAGUCCAGUUCGGGAGGAGACACGCAGGCUGCGGAAGACCUGCUGCUGCUGGGCAAGCCCCUGACAGCCCUGGCUGGCCUGCUCAUCCGGCUGGUGAACCCAUGUGUAGCUGUGCAUCAAGGGAAGGAAAGCCAUGAUCAACCUAUUGACAACCCAAAGCAGAGCAGCAUGGAGCAAAGGUCUUGGCAUGAAGGUCUCUUCUUUGAAGAAGCCUCUUAGCCCCUCGACUGACCCCAGCCCAGCGGCAUCCGUAACCUGCUCAGCCCUGAUGCUCCUCAUGAUGUGGAACCCAAGUCCCUUGUCCCUGCCUCCAUCUCUCUAACUGGACCGAGAGGAGCCCAUGUGCUUGCUUCACUUUGCCUGGUACAGAGAAGGGAUCCACAUAGAGCUGGUGCGGGAAAGGACGCCAGGAGCUUGCAAGGGCAGUGUGACGUCUCGCUGUCACUGAGAAUGAGGAGACCGAGCCUGAUCAGCAGAGUACAAAUGUGGCCAGUUCCUCUGACAUCCCACUCGUGUACCUUGGCCGAACCCACCACCUGAAAGGUAGAGGUGAUGGUGAACACAAUCCCCUGCUCUAAGCCCACCCUCCCUCUCUGUGGAGGUUGCCCUCCCCUUGGUGGUGUCUGCUCUGAUGUUCACUGGGGAGCUGUUUCAGAUGUGACCUGUACCCCAUUUUUGAUUGGCAAGAAAGGACACAAGGGGGCGGUUGGCGCUGCCCAAGAACGCCUGUGCUCUGGGAAACUGCUCUGUUCUUAGUACCUGUGCUCUGUACAACCAGCCCCAGGACCCUGGCGCGCUGGAGAGCACAGAAUCGACACCUGCAUCCUUACCUCUCCCCUCAGGAGUCUCGGGCACUGCCAGGCAGGUCUAGGUUUGGGGGCUUUAGGAAGGAAAGGCCCCCGGAGUGCAGGGCUGUUCUCUCCCAUUACUGCUCAUGCCUUCCUCUUGAAGUGGUCGCAGUGGAGCAGCAUGGCUUUUAGUAGCGUUUUGUUAUUGGCGAAGCUGUGUGCUCUGUGCAGAGGGGGAAAACAUUCACUUGGGUGCCUGAAAGUGACUCCUCCAGGAAAGCACCGCCGCCCGAGGUGACACGCACUCCAGCAUCCUCCCUGUCCUCUUUCCAGCCCCUCACAUGUGAUAAUGCUUCAACAUGCACACGUUUCUCUAACAGAACAGGCCUGGGCCCCGGGAAAGGCCUAGGAGAAGGCGGGGCGGGAGCUGGGGAGGUAGCAGGAAGACUGGAACACGGAACUGUGCAUUAGCAGGUUCCUAAGGGUGCACCUCAUUCCUUGUCCCCAGUGCACUUGUCUUAAAAAAAAAAAUAGGAUAACAGUAUCUUGUGUAAUUGAUAGUUGAAUUUUUAGGUGCCUUAGUGAGAAAGUUUGUGUCAAUAGGACUUUUAUGAGGAAAGAUCCUAAUGUUAACCAUUAGCACCAAGUCGGGUCUCAUCAGAGUUUUGGUGCGAGCUUAUACCUCCAGUCUUCAAAGAUGAAACCUGAAUAUGGAAUAUAAAUUGGCGCAUUAAAAUGUAAACUGCCACUUAUGCUGUGUUUAUUACUUUCUCACUGCUGGGACACAAUACCCAACA